AUGGCGGAACAAGACUUCUUGGCUCGUUUGCCCUGGUGGGUCAGCCACUGGCUGGGAUAUCGUUCCGAGACUCCCAAACCUCUGCCCUCCUAUGUGAUCUGGCUGUGGUCCUUCAUUGCCGGCUUCUGCGGCCUCUGCGUGUUGCAAUCCAUCUUCAACUACUCGGACUACUUCGCUGGGCGAGGCGUACCCGGUAUCAUCGCUUCUUAUGGAGCAUCGGCCGUCCUGGUCUUCGGGGCCAUGGAAAGUCCCCUCGCGCAGCCUCGCGCCCUCAUCUUCGGUCACUUCUUUAGCGCCUUGACCGGCCUGUGCAUCACCAAACUGUUCAGUCUCAUGCCAGACGAGGAGAAGUUCAACUCCCUGCGCUGGUUGGCGGCGUCACUGUCGUCGGCUGUCGCCAUUGUCGUCAUGAGCAUCACUCAGACCACUCAUCCCCCCGCCGGAGCGACUGCACUCCUCCCGGCGACCGAGGAUGCCAUCUGGGAACUGUCGUGGUACUUCCUUCCGGUCGUUUUGCUGUCCUCGGCCGUGAUGCUUGGGGUGGCGCUGGUCGUCAACAAUAUCCAGCGUCGGUAUCCUGUUUUCUGGAUUGCUCCGCCCAAACCCAAGCCUGUCCUGCCGUCGACGACUCCGAAAGCAGGCUGA